AACCAAAAGAAUCUUUUCAUCUUCUCCAAGACGAUGUUCAAAGGGACUUGGAUCAUCCUCAAAUUUCCCCAUGAAUUCUGCAAGGAUCAGGACGGGGUCCUGAACGUCACCUGGUACCUCCGCACUUCCCACUGCCACCAUGAAGUCUACAUAAAUGAAAACGAAGCGUUGACCUACCUGAGCAAUCCCGACAUUGAAGCCAGCGUCCUGGGAGACGGCGAGUACACCUGGAACAACACCUCGGUGCAGUGUGGACAGUUGCACAAGUUGAAUGUCCAGGAACUCCCGCUUCCGAAAAAGCUGAGGCACCUCUCAAAUGAAGGGGUAACCGACGGGGGGACGACUUGGGGAUUCUGGCAAUGAGGGGAG